GGAACUCACCUCAGCUCUUUUUGGGGUCAUUCUUCUAUUAGAUUGGGGGCACCGUCGCGUUGUGUACACGAGAAAGCGACAUGAACGAGUCAAGUCAAUCCGUCUUGUCGAUUCUCACCGGGCAAUCCUGGUUCUGGGAUCCUAUGCAGAGCAAUGAGAUCAGGUUGAAUCCGGAUGAACAAUGUUUUGAACGAAUCCGAGAUUGGAGUCACAUUGUCCAAGAGCCUAAUCCAGGUUCCUACAUCCCGCCUGGCCGUCACAUCAAUGAAGCGCUGCUCACUGAGAAAGCUUUUGAGCCUAAGGCAUUUACUCUGAGACUGGAACGGGGGUCGUUUCUCACCCAGCAUGAUAGAACUGGCGACAUAUACGGCGAUGAUCAUCUAGAGAUGGGGUUACGGCUGACCUUCGACAGAUCUCCCUAUCCCCAGCCUGAUGAAUGGAGAGAGAUGACCAGCAGUCUUCAGGCACAUAAGAUGUGGGAAUGGAAUGAGUUUUGCUGCCUCCAACUACCCGACAAGGGCUUCCUAUCAGCCGCAUGGGCAACACUCACUUAUCUUAUGAUGAAAUGUCAAGAGAACAAUAUGGUUUCCAAUCAGAAACAAUCGCAAUAAUUGAACGAAGCACGCUGAAGAUACAUCAAUCGCUCAAUCUCCCUCAAACAGUUUGAC